AUGUUUAAAAAUUGCAGGUAAACACUCCGCCAUCUGCUAGAGAUGACGGAAUUAUUUAUCAAAAAUGGGGAGGAGCCCUUUAUGCAAUUUUCAAAUUUUAAACUCAGGAACUAUUUCCCACAUGAAAUCGACAAAUUGAGUGUGUUGAAAGUGACACAAACCAAAACUUUUGAUGAAGUUGGCCAUCCCAUCUCGGGCGGUUUAUACGAUUCACUUUUGGGACCAGGAGAUAACAAUGAUAAAUGCUUGACGUGUAAUCAAUACGACAGACAUUGUCCAGGACAUAUGGGACACAUUCAGUUGACUGUUCCAGUCUUCAAUCCACUUUUAUUUCAGUUCACCUACAAUGUGAGUUUUUCAAAACAUUGAGAAAAAAUUUUAAAAAAUUAUUCUUGGACUUUUUCAGUUACUAAAAGGAACUUGUGUUCAUUGUCAUCGUUUCACUUGUAAAUCCAAUGGAAUUGAUGCGAAAAUCUUGUUGGCUCAACUUCGUUGCUUUGAACUUGGUGUAGAACAUGUAGCUUUAGACCUCGAGAAUGUUUUGAAAGAUGCCAUAAACAAUGCCGAUCUCACUGACGAAGAAGACGAAAUGAAAGAACUCGAUGAACACAUUGCUAAACUCGCUUGCAAACCUUUGGAAGAACUGAAAAUGUAUCAAGCGAGCCCAACAAAAAAUAGUGUUCAACUGAAAAACGAAAUUGUUCGCAAUUUUUUAAGAUCCAAUUUGUUCAAGCGACUCACAAAGUGUCCUUUCUGUAAAAAUCGGAAUGGAACACUGAGAAAUGAUGGAGCUAGAUGCAUUUUGAUUGAUUUUUCUGGAGCAGCGAAAAAAUCGAAAAAGCAAACAGUUUUUACUGGAGAAAUGGGAGUUGAUGAGGUGGAUUCAGAAGAUGAAGACGAUGAGGAUGAUUUGGAUAAAAAGAGUUGGUUUAUUUUGUUGAAAACUCAUUUUUCUGAAUAAAUAUCUUUUUUUAGAAAACGCAACAGUCAACAGUGAGUUCACAACUGGAAGUUUGGAAAUGCAAAUGUCAAAUGUUCGUCGUGGAGAUUGUGAUAAAUUGGCUUGGAGAGGUGCUGAAGUUCGAGAACAUUUCAGAAUGGUUUUCAAAAAUGACGGAAAAUUAUUAAUGAAACUAUUUCCAAUGUUGGUUGAUGAUUUGGUAAGUUUUCUCGGAAAAUUGAAAAUGAAAAUGUGGUUGUAAACAAAACAAUAUUUUUAAACGUGACCUAUAUAUUAUUUUUUUUCGACGUCAAAAUGUCUGUUAUUUCCAGAAAGAAUGCUCUACAAUCUGCCCGCUCGAUGGUUUAUUCUUGGAAAGACUUCUCGUUCCACCAAAAAAGUUCAGACCAAUUCGAAUGUUCAAAGGAGCACAAUAUGAGGAUCCACAAACUUUGAAUUUGAGAAGGGUUUUGGAAGCGACAGAGACUAUUUCGGUUAGAAAAAAAACUAUUUUCCAGGUUUUUAAAAUUCCAAAUUGUUUUCAGGCAAUUGCUUUGAUUAUGAAAGGUGAUAAUAAUCCACAACUUCUUGAACUUAUCGCAAAUCGUGUUCGUGGAAAAGAUAUCAAUACUCAAAUGCAUGAUGCUUAUCUUCAACUACAACUUCGAGUCAACGCAAUUUUUGACGAAGAUUUGAAUAAAGCAGAUCGUGAUCAUAUUGCUGGAAUUAAACAGAUUCUUGAGAAAAAGCAAGGUCUUUUCCGAAUGCAUAUGAUGGGAAAACGAGUCAAUUUUGCGUGUCGAUCUGUUAUUACACCAGAUCCAUAUUUGGAUAUUGAUGAAAUUGGAAUUCCCGAUAUUUUUGCCAAGAAAUUGACAUUUACUGAGCCAGUCAAUACAAUGAAUUUGAAAGAAAUGAAAAGAAAAGUGAAACGAGGACCAUCAGAACAUCCCGGUGCGAAUUUUGUUGUAGAUCCAAGUGGAAGAAAGACUAUGUUGAAAGUGAGUUUGUUGUCGGGAAAUAUUUGCAAAUUUUUCAAUGGUUUUUUCAGGAUGCCCCAGAAGAAAGGAAGAAGCGAAUGCAAAUUGCUAGAAAUAUGUUAUCUGCAACUUCUGAUAGUAUGAGACAAACAACAAAAGUGUUGAGACAUAUGGUAAAUGGUGAUAUGAUUAUGAUGAAUCGACAACCAUCUCUUCACAAACCAUCUAUUUUGGGUCAUAGGUGAGAGAAAUUUGGAGGGAAAAUAUAAUAAAUGAAAUAAAUAUUUAAUUUUAGAGCUCGUGUUUUGACUGGUCAACGUGCUCUUCGAAUGAACUACGCUCCAUGCAAAGCUUAUAAUGCUGAUUUCGACGGAGAUGAAAUGAAUGGACAUUUGGUACAAACACAUAUUGCACAAACUGAAGUUCGAGAAAUUGCAAAUGUUGGAAGCAAUUUUCUUGUUCCAAAAGACGCCACACCACUUUUAGGUCUUAUUCAAGAUCACGUUGUUUCUGGUGUUCUUUUAUCACUUCGCGAUCGAUUUUUGAAUAAGGAAGAUUUUAUGCAUCUUGUAUUGUCAUCAUUCGCACAAUAUUCGAAAAGAAUUGAAAUUCCACCACCAACUAUUUUGAAACCAACACGACUUUGGACUGGAAAACAAGUUAUUUCAACGAUUGUCAAAAAUAUCACACCAGAAGGAAAACCAUUGAUUAAUUUGGAUGGAAAAGCAAAAACACCAUUGUCUUGUUGGAUCGCCAAAGGACACACAAAACCACCGCCAUUUGAUAUGAGUGAAUCGCAUGUGAUUUUCCGACAAGGUGAAUUAUUGGUUGGAGUUUUGGAUAAAGCACAUUUUGGAGCAACACAAUUUGGAUUAGCUCAUUGUGUUUUUGAAUUGUAUGGACAUCGUUGUGGUGUGCAAUUGUUGUCAUGUUUUUCGAGAUUAUUCACAACAUAUUUGCAGUAUCACGGUUUCACUCUUGGUGUUGCUGAUAUUCUUGUUGUUGAUGAAGCUAAUGCUACACGAAAAGAAGCAGUACUUGAAUCACGAACUAUUGGAGAUCAAGUUGUUAAAACAACAUUCGGAUUACCUGACAAUGCGUCAAAAGCUGAAAUUAAAAGAACUUUGGCUGCAACAUAUUGUAAUCCACGUGGACAAGGAACUGAUGUGAAAAUGCUUGAUUUUGGAAUGAAGCAAGGCAUUUCAAAGUAUAACGAUGCUAUUACAAAAUCGUGUGUACCAACUGGACUUUUGAGAGCUUUUCCACAAAAUGCUCUACAAUUGAUGAUUCAAUCUGGAGCUAAAGGUUCGGCUGUAAAUGCUAUUCAAAUUUCUGGUUGUCUUGGUCAAAUUGAACUCGAAGGAAAACGUAUGGCUGUAACAGUCGCAGGAAGAACAUUGCCGUCAUUCAGAGCAUUUGAUCCAUCUCCAAGAGCUGGUGGAUAUAUUGAUCAACGGUUUUUGACUGGAAUGAAUCCGCAAGAGUUAUUUUUCCAUACUAUGGCUGGAAGAGAAGGUGAGUGAGGAAAAAAAGAAUUUUAUUACAAAGUUUUAAUGAAAAAAUGUUUUUCAAUCUAUCUUUGACUUUGUGACUUUUUUUUGAGCCUCAUUCAACACAUCUUUUCCUGACCAAUUUAAUAAUGUUUUGUCCAGGUUUGAUUGAUACUGCUGUCAAAACAUCUCGUUCUGGAUAUCUUCAAAGAUGUAUCAUCAAACAUCUUGAAGGAAUUCGAGUACACUACGAUUCAACAGUUCGAGAUCACGAUGGAAGUGUUAUUCAAUUUAGAUAUGGUGAAGAUGGAAUGGACACAACUAAAGCCAUUUUCUUGAAUAAGAAAACAAUGCCAUUUGUUGAGGAUAAUUUGGAUGCAGUAACUGUUGCAUCAAAACCCGAAAAUGUUGAAGAUGAGGAAUUUAAUGUGCUGAAUGCAGAGAAAAGAUAUAAAAAGGUAGGUUAUUAUCAUUUUGGUAGAUUAUUUGAUAAAUAUUGAAAAUGGUUUCAGAUUUGUUCUUGGAAAAAGAAGGCGAAAAAACGAGGAGAUUCGGAGACCAAAAAAUAUUAUUCGGCAUUUAUGAACUUUGCAGCUGAACAUGAGGGAAUACCCAAAAAACGUAUUUUGGGAAUGUGGUUUGAAUUGUCAUUAGAAGAAAGAGAAGCAUUUACAAAGAAUAUACCGAAAAAGUGUCCAGAAGCUGUUGAUCAUUCAUAUUUGGCAACAAAUACACUUGGAGCAUUACCCGAAAAAAUGUUGGAUGAAAUUAAUGGAUAUUGUGAUGGAGAUGAACCAAAAAAUGCAUUGAGAAGAACAUUGUUCUGGAAAGGAAUGAGAAGUUUGGCGGAUCCUGGAGAAAAUGUUGGAUUGUUGGCUGCGCAAUCAAUUGGAGAACCAUCCACUCAGAUGACAUUGAACACUUUCCAUUUUGCUGGAAGAGGAGAAAUGAACGUGACACUUGGAAUUCCGAGAUUACGGGAAAUUUUGAUGACUGCUUCGAAGAGUAUUGCCACACCAAGUGCUCAGGUGAGAUAUAUAGAUUUUUUAAAGCUUGAUCUGUUUUUGAAAAGUUUGCAGUUGUGAGAAUAUUCUGUAAAAGUUGAAAGCUGAAGUUAAAUUUUUUUUCAGAUUGCUGUUAUCGAUGGAACACCGCGUGAAAGAAUUGAUGCAAUCAAACAAGAAUUGGAUAGAGUUUACCUCAAACAAGUGCUCAAAAAUUUUACAAUCGAUGAAAAAAUCACAUUGAACUCGAAUCAGGCAAGUCGUCGCUAUCAUUUGAGAAUCGAAAUUUUGGCGAGUGCAAAACGCGAACAAGGAGCAAGACAUAUGUCGAGAGCUGCAAUUAUGACUGAAAUCGAAAAACGAUUCAUGUUGAGAGUUGCGCAAGCGAUCAAAAAGAAGUAUGUGGAUAUUACGGAAUAUCAACAAAUGUCAAGGAGAACUAUGAGACAAGGCAAUUUGGCAGCUGGAAUUGGAGGAGAAGAUUCGGAAAGAAGAAGUAGAAAUAGAGGAGUACAAGGACCAGAUCAAGGAGAAUCAUCGGAUGAAGAAGCGGAUGGAGGAAGAGAAGCAGAUGCUGCUGAAAAACGAUUGCAUCAAAGACAUCGAGAUGAAGCUGCUGAAUAUGAAGGAGAAGACGAGGAAAGAGGAGAAUUACGAGUUCGAGAUAAUGAAAAUGAUAUUGAAAUGAAUGAAGAAAAUCAGAAAGAAAAAGAAGAUGAUGAAGAAGAUGAAGAGGAAAAUGAAGGAGAUAGAAAGAAUAAUGAUGUUAAAAUUGAUUCGAAUCGUAUUCAAUUAGUUCAAAGAAUGGCUGAUAAUAUUUAUAGUUAUAACUAUGAUACAAAAGGAAAUAAGUGGUGUGAAGUUGUAUUUGCAUUGCCAUUGAGAAAUAAAACCAAAAUGGAUGUUGUUGCAAUUGUUGAACAGUAAGUUUGUUUUUUCAAAGGAAAUAAUCUAAUAUGAUAUUUGCAGAGAAAUUGAGGAUUUUAUUAUUCAUCAAACACCUGGAAUUGAAAGAUGUGUUGAAAGAGAAGAGGAUAAAAAUGGCAAAAAUGUGAUAUUUUUGCAAACUCAAGGUGUCAAUUUGGCUGCAUUCUUCAAACAUGCUGAUGUUUUGGAUGUGAACAGUGUAUAUUCGAAUGAUUUGGAUUUGAUUUUGCGUAGUUAUGGUGUUGAAGCAUGCUCGAAGGCGAUUGUUACGGUAAGCAGAAUUAGGGGAGGGAGAGGUUGAUAGAAAAAAAAGGAUUUUUUAAAAAUUAUUGAAUUUUGUAUACAAAAUGUAGGCAAAAAUUAGUGUUCAAUAUCUGAAUUUUAAAGAAAUAAUCGAAAAAAAAAUUGAAGAAUUUCCUACUUGGAAUUCCCAGUUUUUGGUAUAUAUAAAUUAAAACCCUCGAAACUUUAGAGCUAUAUUUUCGAACUAGAAGAUUUGAAAUUUUAUCAUACCUUUAUUUUAAAUUUUUGACUUCUAAACGUCAUUUUUUUCUUCCCUUCUAUUUCUACUUUGACCAGUGAUUCAGCCUAUUUCUCCGUUUAUUUUUUUUGUUUCUUCCUCAAACUAUUCUAUGUAUUUCUUUUAUCUAAAACUAUAAUUUAUCAAAUCGAAUUGCCACAUGUGACAAAUUUGAUCAUUAUUAUUUUUGUUAUGGUUAUUUACUCUUUUCUUCUUGUUCUUCCACUUUUACUUCGUCUUCGUCUUCUUUUUCUCUUCGUAGUAUCAUCUUUGUCUUUAUUUGAGAAGUGACUGUCUAUUAAUAGAACCUACCGCCAUGUGAAGUACAUAUGAACGCUGAUAGUUGAUUGAUUGAGAAUGUUUUUGAUGGGAAGGAGGAGAUUUGAAAGUACUGUAGAUUGGGGCCUAUUGGGAAAAAGAGAAGGAGGACGAGAAAUCGAGCUGGACAAGUUUUGAGUUACGAUAAUUCAAUCUUGAAAUUCUCAUAGGAUUCUGGAACCAUUUUUCUUCGGAACAUGAAAUCACAAGGCGAAUAUGUUUCCAUUAUACAAAUCGAAAAAACGAAGAGAAAGCGUCACAUAAUGAAAAAUAAGCUUGAUAUUCACAUUUCGAAAGCCAUAAAUAGUAGUUGAAGUUGUAAGUUCUUGUCAAUCGUGGAAUUCCGAGUGACCAACCUGUUGGUUUCUGAUAUCGGUCGGAAAUUUCCCGUUGUUAUUCACUGAUGCAACUCCGAACUGAGGAUUCUAGCUAGAAUCCAUCACUUCCUUCUUUGCAGUUUUUUCACAAUUCCCACAAAAGGUCUUCGAAAGUUACAAUGUACUCUCUUUAUCUUCAUCUUUUGACGUAAUUGAACUUUUCAACUUUUUUUUUUGUAUGUCGGCGGCUUCUGCAAAAAUGAUAAAUUGACCAGUUCUUCGUCGUUUUUCUUUCAUCUUCAAAAAAUGCUAGAACUUCUUUCUACUGUAUCGAUGUUUGUGUGUCUGGUUCACGUGUAGAACGAGACAUUGAGAGACGCAGAGGACGACAACCUUCAGAAGACUGUGUUCGUCGCCUGAUCUUUCGACGUCAUAACUUUGCGUUCUAGCGAUUGAGAAGAAGAGUGAGUGUAGACGUGGAUGUUGUUGUUGAUUUGUCUGAACAUGAGAUAUUGGUGUUGAUAUUAAUGUGGUUGUAUCGAGGAAUGUGAACUGCACUUUGAGUUGAAUUUCAGAAUGACAAGGAUGAAAUUUGAUGAUUUAUGUGAAGUUUUCACCAUUCAAAGUCUAAUUCAGACUUGAUUGUUCUAUUUUUGGCGUAUUCCCUCAUUACACAAGGAAUUUUACCAAUUAUCUAAUGUAGAUGUUGUUUGAUGUUUCUCACAGUCGUUUGGGUUCAUAACCCUUUCUCCUCUUUUUUUCCAAGUUGUUUGCGGAACAAGAGAAAUUAGUGGAAAUAUCGACAUUAGUGGAAAUUCUAAUGAAAAAUGAUCUUUUGAAAUCAUUGUCGUCAUUGAGGUCAAAGCACAUGAAUGAUUUGCAAACGGGUCGCAACACUAAUUAGAUAUAACAAAAUAUAUCUGGAAUUGGUAAGAUCUUUAAGAUUUCUGAUAAUUUUGAGAUCUUAUGAGAUAUUUUAAAAUAUAAAGUUAUUUGGAAAAUAUUCUGACGAAAAUGAACGCGUUGAAUCUUCAAAGUUCGCCAAUCUUCUUUUCUUCUUCUAAAAAUAGAAUUUUCUUCUGUUUUGAUGUUGAUAUCUAUCUAGAAGAAGUUCAAAAUAUUCUUCGGUUUCAAUAUCACAUGGUCGUUCCACUCUAGUGUUGGGGUUUCUCUUCUAUCUGAAAAAUGUAAUCGUCAAGCAGCGAUUGAGUGAUUGGCGAAUUAUUGUGUUAUCUCAGGUUUUGAAGUGAUGUUGAAAUUGAAAACGAGAAAAAUUGAUUAAUAAGAUGAGAAAUGUUGACUUUGUUCAAAAAAUCUGGAAAUGUGGAAAUUUUUGAAAAUAAUAAAUUUAAUAGUUAUCAAAAAAUUUGAGAACCCCCAGACAUCUGAAUGUUUUCAAAAAACCACGUGUUUUCGACUUUGAUAUAACAUUUUGAUGAUCAAAAUCUACUCAAAAACAAGAAUUUAUGAACUUUUUUAUUGUUUGAUCAUCAAAAACAAAAGACUACAGUUAUGUUUGUAGGAAAUGAACAAUGUGUUUGCGGUAUACGGUAUCGAGGUCUCAAAACGACAUUUAUCAUUGACGGCUGAUUAUAUGACAUUUACUGGAGAAAUUAUGCCGUUCAACAGAGGUAGGAUUUUAUUGCGAAGAACUUUUCCUGAUUUCAAUUUUUUCCAGGAGCCAUGUCUUCUAGUUCAUCUCCUCUUCAAAAAAUGACAUUCGAAACGACUAUUGCAUUUUUGAGAGAUGCACUUUUACAAGGUUAGUUUUUUCCGAGUUUCACAAAUUUUGCUCAGAAUUUAUGCGGAUUGAUCCCUUGAUAUCUCUAAAUUCCUAUCUUUCCUAUUUUCUUUUUAUUGUCCAACCAAUCAACUAAACACAUUAUCAUUUUUAAAAGCGUGCGCAUCUUUUUUUGAUAGAUCUUUGCAAAGGAAAAAAUGGAGAAGAACGCGUUUUUUGAAGGAUGAGAGACCAAAAGGUUCGAAGUAAAAAUGGGAGAGAAAUUGGGGUGAUUUUUGAAGAAGAGAUCUUUUGAACCUUGAGAUUUUAUUAUUUGUCUAUUGGAAUGCGGAAAAGGGAAAAAGUACGAACCUUCGAAUUUCUUAGCAUAAAACUGACCUGAAAAUCUUUGUAAAUUAGAAUAAAAACAUUGGCAACAAUAAGAUUUAACCCUGAAGUCGUCUAAAAAUUCGAAAAGUUGGAAUGUCAUAGAAUCCCCUCUGAAAAUUGGAAUUGUGGAAUAAUUUUUUUCCCCUAUAAUUUAAGCUUCUAAACGAUUUUUUCGAUGCUUUUCAGAUUUUAAAAAAGUUUUUAGGCUAGUUUUGUGCUGAAAAUUUUAAGCUAAAAAUUCGACCUGAAUUUUCAGGUUCUCAAUGAAUAUUAUUAUUUUGUGAUUUAUCACUGUUAAAAAUUCCUUUGUAAUGUUUCAUAAUCGCUCUCCGGUGAUUUUCAUAUCUAUAAAACUAGAAAAACACCGGAAGUUUAUUUUUGGAAAGAUAUUCUAGAUAUAUUUCAAAAUUGAUUGAACCUUAAAAAUCCCCCUUUUCUCGUUUUCCCAAAACAAAAAGCGGGCUUUUUGAUAAACGAACAAAAGUUCCACUCAUUGCACCGUUUCAAUAAAUAAUAACAAAAUGACCAUUGUUAUUGUUUUUUGUCUUUCCGGCGAUAGCAGGAAAAUUGGAAGAAGAAAAAAGAGAACCUUGUAAAGUUAGCAAAAGUCGCUGCUACGUCAGCAGACCAAAAAGUGACUUUUUUCGGAAACAUUUGCGCAGAGGAUUUUCUAAUCUGAGCUUUUGAUUUUGAUUUUGAAUUUGAAUUUACCAUAAGAUGUAGCUAAUUCGGCUGAUUUCUCAUUUCAAUUUGAGACUUUGAAACAUAGAAGUUAUGUUAAUUUCCCUCACAACUUCUAGAUUUUUGAGAGAAAAACAGUUUGCGCACGAUUUGAUCUUUCAGGCGUCAUCCACAUGCGUUCUUCUUCGUCUAUUUUUACGCAACUAUGAUUUUUUUUCGAAAAAUCAACUAUCACAUAGUUUAUCUGUAUCAUGAGAAUUCCAUGACUGUGUUUUCUUGAUCGGACUAGAAAGGUUACUGUACUUUCUUUUUGCGUGCACUUUUCCAAAUUGAAAUUUUAUUUUCGAAAAAUAAGGAAAAUUGGAAUUGUUGUUGUACUGAUGUUUUUUGUAUUUAUUUGAUUUGGAGAGGACACCAGAACUUUGUUGGAAUUAGAUUUUUCUGGAAAUGUAGGUUCUUGGUCGAUUGGAAAUAUUAGGAAAGUCCUAUAGAAAAAAUAUCUGCAAUAUAUUCUUCAAAGAUUCGUUUCUCUACGAAAAUUGAUCGUUCUUUGAGUGUUUUUUGAACAUGGGAUUUUCAAAAAAGUCUUUCAAACAUAUUAUUGUUCUGAAGUCUGUAAAAGGAGGAUUUCAUCCAUAAUACAGUCAGAAACUGAAAUUACAGGACGAAAUGUUUUAAUAAGCAAAUUUUCAGAAUGGAAUCUAAAAACAAUGACGAUUUUUUGUGUUUUUAGACGAUUUCAAGUCGAAAUUUGCAUGUCACGGAUUUCUAAACGAACUAAACGAAUUGAUUUCACCCUGAAAUUGGCUAAAACUACAGAAAUUAUCUUUUUUUUCAAAAUUUCACUCUGAAAAUUGACUUUGGUCUGUAAUUUUUGUUAGAUCUGAAAUUCCGUAUGUUUUCAAAACUCGAAAGAAAAUUUAUGCGAAAACAUAUCGCAACACGAAUUUACACAAUAUUACACAUUUUUGUAACCCACAAACCUUCUUUUUUUUCGAGAAAUGCGUGUGUUUCAACCUGUUUGUCAAUGUAAUGUGAUUUUGUCUUCCAUUUCAGAAAAACAUGACUUGAGAUUUUGAAAUGAAAAUCUCAAAAUAUUUCAAAAUUUAUUCCCUUAUAGAAACACUACAAAAAUAAUCAGCCAUCCAUCAUUUUAUUUUGAUAUAUAACAUUGAUCAUACAUCUCUUUGUACCCCUCAACAAAAGUGAUUUUUGUGUACUCAAAACUUGAUGAUAAGAACCCGAAAAGUAGAGAAUAUUGACAGGUUGGCUGAUUUUUAUUGCUCACAAGUUUAAGGUUGAAAAUUUGUCACUUCCGAAGGCGGGGUGGGGUUCUAAAUUUGAAAAUCUAAUUUUGAAAUAAUCUUCAAAACUGAGAAUUCAGAAUGAGAUCAAUUCACUGAAAACCUUUUGAAAGUCAAUUUUUUCCUAUUAGUGAUAUUUUUAAAUCUAGAUUUUAAAUUUCUGGAAACCGACUCCUGAAUGCGUCACCUGGAGUAAUCAGUCUCGGAAAAAUCCAAUAUUAACUUCUAACUUUUCCCCGAAUGAUUCAUUCUUAGUCUGUGUUGUUUUUCAUGUGAUUUUUAUGCUAUCAUGCUAUGUUUUUUUGAUUUGCUGAAUGACAACAAAAAAAUUAAUUUUUAUUUGACCAGCCAAAAGGGAAUAGUCAUGACCAGUCGAACAACAACACAAAUUAAACGCUGUCGACAAAAUUGACGAUGGUACUGUAGAAUGGAAAAUUGUAACUUUUUUCUUCGUAGAUUAUAAGAGAGAACCCCAGUAGAAAAUCAUUAUGAAAAGAUUUUGCACUGAAAUUACAGGGCCUGAGAGUUCAGGGGGAAAUAGCCUAAAAACAAAGAAAGUUCAAGGUUCCUAAAAAUUUUACUCUGAAAAUCAGGCUGUGGAAAAUUUUCUGUAAUUUCUGCUUCUUAAAAUAGUUUCAUUUUGAAAUCAGAACUUUCUGCUCAAUUCUACAGUAACCCAAAAAUCAAAAAACUAGAAGAAAAUUUUCGAUAAAUCAAUCCAAGCACAAUAAUCAUCCAACAAUGCAAUGUUCCAUAUUUUUCAGGCGAAGAAGAUAGUGUAAAUUCACCAUCAUCUCGAAUUGUUUUGGGAUGUUUGCCACGUGGUGGAACUGGAUCAUUCGACCUCUUAUUGGAUCAAAAAAUGGUGUCAGAACGUGAAGAGUUUGACAAAAAUCGUCGAAAAAAUCGAGGAUUCUAUUAA